UGGUUUUGUUUUCAGGCGGUCCCGUUAUUGCUGCUCGUCCGAGAUGUGCUGCGGCAUGCCGAUGGAAAAAGGAUGCUUCAUAUUCUCGGUCGUCAAUCUCGUAAUAUGCAGUUUGGGCGCUCUCGCCAGCCUGGGUUCCCUGGUCUUCAUCCUGGUCCUGUGGUGCAACCCCUCAGUCCUCAGCGAGGUGGUGGUAGACUGGACGUACAUCGGCAUAAGCGUGGCUUGCUGCGUUGGCUCGAUCAUAGCGCUCACCUUCGCGGUUGCACUCUGCCAUGGUUUACGUAAGAACAAGAAACGCUACAUAAUGGCGUACCUGAUAUACGGGAUGAUCUCAGUGGCCCUGAGCGCCAUAGGCACUGUGGUUUUCAUGUGGCUAAUGUGGGGUCAACUGUACGUUGUGUUAUACGCAAUGGUCCCCCUCGGGGUCUGCGUUAUAUAUUCGGUAACGCUGCUACUUGUGUACCAGACAUACGUGGUGCUUUCCGAACGCGCCCCCGUCACGGCACACACGAGAUUGCUCACUACGGAUGAUUGCUGAAAAUUGCUCCACUCUACGCCACAUUAACUCAGAAUAAUAAAUAAGGCGGUAAAAAAAUUGUUAUUUACGAUCAUCAUCAUC